AUGCCCUCGCCAAAUAAGCAAGUUAUUUUCUCCAAAAUCCCAACGACGUACCCUCUAUCUGGCGAGCAUAUUACUGUGCAAACGUCGUCAAUCGAUCUUGAUGCACCCUUGGGCGAAAGCCAGUUCAUUCUCAAGCUUCUCGUACUUUCGGUCGAUCCUUACAUGCGUGGUCGCAUGAGAGACUCUUCAGUUAAAUCGUAUUUUCCCGCAUUCACCCUCGGCGAACCAAUGAACGGUGGCAGUAUGAGCGUAGUGCUCAAGUCUAAUAAUAACAAGUUCAAGGAAGGUGAUCUUGUGUAUGGUGGCAUGGGGUCCUUCCAAGAGUAUAUCCUCGUCACCAAGGAGACAGAAGCACUUUAUGUGGUUCGCAAUGAUCCGAAAAAAACUGGAAUUCCUCUAACAAAUUAUGUCGGCGCACUGGGCAUGCCUGGCAUGACAGCUUACGUUGGUCUUUUCAAGUAUGGUGCUCCCAAAAAGGGUGAGACGAUCUACAUCUCUGCCGCUUCCGGUGCCGUCGGUCAGUUGGUCGGCCAGAUCAGUAAGACUUUGGGUCUUUACGUUGUGGGCUCGGCAGGCUCAGAUGACAAGGUGGCCUACCUAAAGGAGAUUGGUUUCGAUGCUGCAUUCAACUACAAGACAGCUGAUGACUUGACUGAGAAGCUUCGCGAAGUCUGCCCCAAAGGAAUUGAUAUCUACUUUGAGAACGUUGGUGGUCAGAUGCUCGAAGCUGUACUCAACAACUGCAAUUUGUUUGGCAGAAUCAUUGCUUGUGGUAUGAUUUCUCAAUACAAUCGUGAGCGGCCUGAAGGUAUUCACAACCUGAUGCUGGUUGUUGGCAAGCGUUUGCGUAUGGAAGGCUUCAUUUUCAGCGACGAAACUGAAAUGGAAGAGGCGUUCCGCAAGGAUAUGACCAAAUGGGUGUUGGAAGACAAGUUCAAGUACCGUGAGACAGUUGCUAUCGGUAUUGAACAAACUCCUCAAGCUAUGUACGAUAUGUUGAUUGGUAAUAAUUUCGGCAAACAGGUUGUCAAAGUAGCCGAUCUGUAA